CUCAUUUAUUUCUGUAUGCGAUGAGGAGGAAACUAGCUCCACCAUCUCCCCACCUCUUCCUGCAAAAUGUUGGCUCUCUUUUGCAGUGAUCAUUUCAGGUCACAAAUGAAAAUGGAAGUUAGCAGCAGCAGAGCUGGGAUAUAGAAAUUGUUUCCAACAGUGCUCCCUGGCUCUGCUCCACACCUCAUAAAUAAUAGCUCUCACCACAUUUUAGCUACGAAGAGAAGCAAAAGCAAGCUGCCUGUGUCUUUCUUCAGCAAACCUAAGGUGCUCUCUUGGAGAGGCAGAACUGAGGACUCCAUUAUUAACUGACAUUAUCAAGGAAAUAGUAUUGCUUUGUUUAUUUGGCUGCAGUUUUUUUGCCACAGUUGUGACGGCAUUGUGAUGGGGAAGCUGAUCUCCAAAGGCCAGCGCAAAAGAGAUGCUCGAGUUGUCAUGCUGGGGCUCGACUUCGCUGGCAAAUCCACCCUUCUGUACAAACUGAAGAGCGGCCAGGCUGUGGAGACCUGCCCAACGGUGGGCUUCAACGUGGAGUCUCUACAAACGCCCUGUCACGUAUCCUUCACCCUCUGGGACGUCGGUGGACAAGGCAGCUUGAGGGCAAGUUGGCCUGACUACCUGGAGGACACCAGCACCCUCAUCUUUGUGCUCGACAGCACAGACACAGCCCGUCUGCCUGAAGCAGCAGCGGUGCUGGAGGAAGUGCUGAGCCACCCCAGCAUGGCUGGUGUCCCCAUCCUCCUCCUGGCCAACAAGCAGGAUGUGCCAGGAGCGCUGGCCCCUGCUGAGCUGGGGGAGAGGCUGCAGGGGGGGCAGCUGGUAGGGCACCGCUGGGUGCUCCGGGGGUGCAGUGCCCACACUGGCCACGGCCUGCAGGAAGCCCUGGCUGUCCUGGGCGAGCUGCUGAGGGGUCUAGAGCAGCGUCCCCCCUCCCAAGAGCAGCCCUUUGCAGGGCCAGCAGGGCAGAGGCAAGCCCUGGGGCAAACCUGAACCUCGAACGGACCCUUCACACUCGUCACUGCCUGCAGGUUUGCUGUGGAGGAUCCCAGCCUCCAGGUGCCUCCUAAAAUGAGCGGACCUGCAGUUGGCACAUGCCAUACUGAAAAACACCCAGCCACUCGCCACUGAAACCCACCAGGAAGACCUCAGAGCAAAACUCCCACCAUGGAGCAUUUCUGGCUCCAUCUCUUGGACUCUUAUCACCGGCCACAGCUUGUCCUGCAGUUGCCAGGCUCUGUUCAUCCACUAUGUGCACGUCCAGUGCUUCAGCAGGGAUGCUUUUUGCCAGAACAGUAUAAAUUAUAUCAGAGAUAUGCACAAGGGGCAGAGGGGAUUAUAUUCUUUCCACAGCUCCCAGCCCCGAUGCAGCUAUCCUGAUGGGGUGAUCCCCAUGGGGGAGUGUUUGUGUCCCAUGCUGCUUCUCGCUUAGCUCGACUCACACGUUCAUCAGCUGGAAAAGCAGCAGCUGCUAAAAGGGAAUGGCUGAACGAAGCAGCAUAAACACAGGACUUCAAACAGCUGCCAGCAAAUUGGUUUUAAAGCGGUAUAUACAGGUAUAAUCUUUGAGCCAUGGAUGUGAGUCAGGGUUGGACGGCGUAAUGCAGUUCAAGGAUGCGUAUAUAUUAAUCUCUGUAUUUCUUGGUUUGGGUCUUUCUUUUCCAUUUGUUAUUUUUAUCAAAUACUGAUUUCAUUAAAAUGGUACCUCAUUUUCCUUGGAUUAUAUUUAAAUAAAAAGAAAUAAAAUCUGAUUUCUAGAUGCU